CGUCACCGCCGUCGCGGUCGUCGCCGUCGUCGCCGUCGUCGUCGUCGUCGUCGGCGGACGCAAGACAUUCGACGUCGUCAUCAAGACCACGGAUUCCAUCAAUUACCCUGGAUUACUCGCGACACGACGCCUCCUGGCCAUCAGUUACGAUGACUACGGUGCGCACCAUACCCUCGGACAAGAUAAAUCUACGCCUCAUCCUCGUCAGUGGCAAGACAAAAGAGUUCCUAUUCAGUCCAAGCGAUUCCGCGGGCGAUAUAGCGCACCAUGUGUUUGAAAAUUGGCCGGAAGACUGGGCAGAGGAGGCGGUCUCCAAAGCGGAGAUCCUGCGGCUAAUCUACCAGGGUCGUUUCCUGCACAGCAAUGUCACGCUUGGCGCUCUUGGGCUUCCCUUCGGAAAAACCACGGUGAUGCAUCUGGUGCCGCGGGAGAAUCUUCCGGAGCCUAAUUCUCAAGAUCAGAGACAGAAAAGUAAAGGCGGCGGGAGUAGUUGCUGCUCGGCGUCCUGCUGUAUACUCUAAGUCGUCCGGGUGGCCAUCGCCGACGUCGGUGGUGGAUUUCGUGGCGAAUGGGCGUGCGGCAUGGACGACCGCGGGCUCAUCUACAGCAUUGAGCCAUGGUUUCUAAGAUUUUGUGCUGAUGUAUAAUCGUUAGUGGCUGAGCUCGUGAGCAGUGUAGCACGAGAGACGAAUUGUCAAAGAAGAGGGAAAAGGAAAGAUUAUGAAAAAGAGACAGAAAAAGUGAGGACCGCAAGCGAGGGACGUGUGCUGUAACGAUGCGUUCCCGUUUCCUCGAUGAAUGAAUCCCCCACGUCGUUCCGUCGAUCGCUUAUUUCGGUUCGUUUGGUAGGCGGUAAUGCGUGCUCGAUCAAUAUGCCCUCGCGAGGGAAAUCUGUUCGAGAAGAAGAGCGGAUAGAUAGCGUGCUCCGUUAAGAGAGGUCGGAUCGUUGUUGGCACAACGAUUAGUUUGCCGAGAGAUCUCUGGCCAAGUUGAGCCGAUAGCGAUGGUCGACUAACUUCGAUUAACGACGUUACUUCGGAUGUUAUUGCUCUUGUUGUGAUAUAUAGAUGGACAUGAAAAGGAUUUCAGGAUCAAUCAUUAAUUUCAUUAACAGCUUAAAUCAAGGAUUGAUCAGCUACUUUUCUUAUCCAACUUGAUGACUGCAGCGUUGUAAUGUCGAAGAAGAAAGAAAAAGAGAGAAGGAAUAUGUUCGUUUAUAAAAUUAAUUAAUUGACUUGACUAAAUUUUAGUUAACUAAAAAGUUAACUGAAUAAAUUUAAUUAACUACACUGGUUAAGUUUGCGUGACGAUAUUUCUUCAUUUCUACAACGUUCACGCUGUUAGAAUGUAAAUGAAAUAACCAUACAGUUAGCGAUCUUAAUUAAAUUUUGCUUAAGAAUUCCUUGUCUUUUUCUAGAUUAAAUAGCUGUAGUUAUAAUAUCAAAGAAAGGGAAUGAUCGUAAAUUUAGUUAACAGCUUUAACUAAAUUUUGAUCGGCGAUGCGCUGUCUUUUCCUAGAUUGUGACUAUAGCUGUAAUAUCGCAAGAAGGAAAGACGUUAUCUGUAAACUGGGUUAACACUCUCGGUUAACGUCGAUUAACUUUUGUUAAUUUCCUUAGUUAACUUAAGUCUUGAUUAUUCGCCCUCGACUUGACCUAAAUUAGUUUAAUUCAAUCAUACAUCCGUCUCAUCCCGCGAAACAAAACUAGAAUCGGAAGGUUCUACGAAAGUUAAUCAACAACUAACUGUAACUAUCGUUUAGUUAAUCAUAGUUGGAGCACCGUUCGGUAUUAAAGCAACCGACAUCGGAGGAGGAUAAUUCGAAUAAUUACACAUUUGUUGCGAAUAUUUGUAAUCUCAUUUCGUUUGUCCGACAUAAGAAGUUUUAUGUGUACGCACGAUAAGACGAAUAGAAUUUCCAGGUAGAGGAACCGAGUAGCGCGAAAGACUACAUCUGUUCUAAGCGUAUAUCCGAAACGCAUCCUGGAACGGCGCUACAAUGCUUAGAAACUCAACCACUAUCACAGUACUGCAGCAUUAUAAUAAUUACGUAGACGGGAUUGUGUGCAUGCUUGCGUAAAUUGAAUGUAUCGCGUUCGAGAGAGAGAAAGAGACA